AUGGCACCGCGUCCUGCCUUAACGUUACUACCACGCCACGGAAACAUGCUCCUCAAAGUGAGGCUGGGAGAUUCUCAGAAGUUUAUUAAGUUGGCAGAGCCAAAUCUGACCGACUUCCUGAAUGCAGUCUUUGCAAAGUUUGGAGUUACAAUUCUGGACUCCUCUGGGACAGAAGUGGACGAGGAGGUGUUUGAGGAUAUUGUUUCCAGUCCUUCAGUUGGGGUGCUGACUAUCAAACAUGAUGGAGAACCUGUGUCCGUGGUGCCUUCUCCAGACUCUGCGUCCACUGAGAGUUCAUCAGACACUAUACCCGUGGUGACCACUCCAGAGUCUUGCCGAUCACCAUCUUUGGAUUUGUCAGAUUCACAGGAGACUAUCAUUAUCUCAGAUACUCCUGCCGGGAAACGGCAGAGACUCGACUCAGAGUCUAAACAAUGUGUCGAGUCCAUCCUUGCAAGGAAACCAGGUGGAGACCGCAUAAUGAAUGAGUACAAUCGCACCAAGUCCUUGACAGAUGAAUCCAGAAGGAAGAUUGUUAAUAUGCUUGUAGCGGACAUGACAGAGAAAAAUGGGUCAUCACCUACCAGGCAGGUGAAAGAGAUGUAUGCCAGAGGAAUUGUGACCUUAUUCCCUUCCCUCAGUGACCCUUUCUCAAAGAAUGGCUAUGAGCAUUAUUAUGACAGUCAAAGUGGAUCUGGAUACCUGGCCUGGAGGAUUAAAACCAUCCAAAGGAGCACAGCUAGAGACAGACGAGCAUCGUUUGAAGAAGGAAGACCUGGAAAAACUACUGAGGGAGGACCGACAGCCAGACGUGAGCUCCAGUACCUUCCAGAGAAAAACCUGAGUGAGGAUGACAAUGUGUUGUCGGAGUUUCCGAGGUUUAAAGAUGUGAAAGGCUUGAUUGAACAGGAUUUUGUUCUGAUGUUUGGAGAGGGGGCAUCUGGAAAGCUUCUGGAGCGGUGGCCGACAACAUUUAAGAAAAAGGUUAUCCAACAGUGCCGGAAGCUUCCAUCAACAAGUGAAAUUGAAGAACUUCUCCUGGCUGCAGAUCCCCCUGAGGAUGUCACUGAAGUUGAUGCUGGUUGGGACAGUGAUCUCUCGUCAAUUCUAGUGCUGUCACACCUGAUUCCCCCAACUGCACAAGGUCGGAAGAAGCCUGGCAAGGUGUCGGCCACCCAAGCAGAGAAACACCUUGUUGUCUUUAAAAAGACUGGAACUAGUAUUCAAGAGCACCUUGAUGAGAUUACCACCAGCAAUCAACCCUACCUUCUUGCAGUUGGAGUCCGUAAGAACGCUAGCCACCUGCAGACCAACAAGUUUGUGGAUAUGAAGGAUCUGUUUGCGGCUCUGCUGCAGAAGCUGCAUCAGGAGAUGAAAGACUGGAACAUCAAAGUCAAAGCGGACACUGUCCACAUCAAAGAGGUGUCCAAGAAGGUGUAA